GGAAAUUCCUUGGCAUCUCUGACUUUGCCACCUGAUCCUUUGUCCAAGCUAAGCCUACUUUGCUGUUCCUUCUACCCUGCAUUCCUCCGAUCAAACUAAGCGCAGCUGCUGCAACUCCGGCUGGCUGGCGAGGAUGGCGGCGAUCGCAGACGCAGACAUUGUGAGGGGCACGGUCAUAUUAGUCGCCAUCGUCGCGUUCCUGGCCGCCGUGUUUCUCUUCGUGUGCACGCGCCGCUGGGCGUGCCUCGGCGGCGCCAUGAGGAGCACGUCGGCGUCGCAGAGCUACGCGGUGGUCUCCGACCGCCAGAUCAGGCACGCGACGGUCGAGCGGUUCCUCUGGGAGAUCCGGAACGAGAAGCCCUUCCGGUUCACGUCGCGGCAAAUCGCCCGGUUCACCCGCAACUACUCCACCCGCCUCGGCGCCGGCGGCUUCGGCACGGUGUUCCGGGGCGAGCUACCCAACGGCCUCGCCGUCGCCGUCAAGGUCUUCCACCCUGGACUCGGCGCGAGGUCCGAGCAGGAGCAGUUCAUGGCGGAGGUCGGCACCAUUGGCCGCACCAGCCACAUCAACCUCGUCAGGCUCUUCGGCUUCUGCUUCGACGACGCCCUGCGCGCGCUCGUCUACGAGUACAUGGAGCACGGCGCGCUCGACUCCUACCUCCUCGGCCGCCGGGGCCGCGACGACGCCGUCGACGUCGCGGCGCUGCGCGACAUCGCCGCCGGCGUGGCGAGGGGCAUCCGGUACCUCCACGAGGAGUGCCAGCAGAAGAUCGUGCACUACGACAUCAAGCCCGGGAACGUGCUCCUCGACGGCGAGCUCACGCCCAAGGUCGCCGACUUCGGGCUCGCCAGGCUCGUGAACCGCGCCGACACGCACGUGUCCGUGUCGUGCGUGCGCGGCACGCCGGGGUUCGCCGCGCCGGAGAUGUGGAUGAUGUCUGGCGUCACCGAGAAGUGCGACGUGUACAGCUUCGGCAUGCUGCUCCUCGAGAUCGUCGGCCGGCGGAGGAACUUCGACGAGGCUGCGCCGGAGAGCCAGCAGUGGUUCCCAAGGCUGGCGUGGGAGAAGUACGAGGCCGGCGAGCUCAUGGAGCUCGUCGGCAACGGUCGUGGCGUGUCCGCGGCGGGUGAGGAGCAGUGCAAGGAGUUGGUGGAGAGGAUGUGCAAGGUGGCGUUCUGGUGCGUGCAGCAGCCGCCGGAGGCGAGGCCGCCGAUGCGUGCGGUGGUGAAGAUGCUGGAGAGCGAGAUGGAGAUCGCUCCUCCAUUGAACCCGUUCCAGCAUCUGAUGGCGCCGCCGACGGUGGCCGACCAGUGGACGAGGAUGACGACAAGCGCAAACAGCGUUCCUGAGAUUAGCAUGGAGAUUGUCUAGUCUAGCUUUAUUUGACUGUGCCUGCGUAAACAGCAUCUUGUCUUAUUAUUACUGAAAAAGUAAUCCUAGUAA